AUGAACCCAGUAGGUUCUAUUUAUACAUCUAUGGAUGCAAGAGGUCCUCAAGUAAUGUUUGGUGUUGGUGCAUGGGAACAAAUAGUUGACAGGUUUUUGUAUUGUGCAAACUCUUCAAAGGAAACAGGAGGAAGUAAAACGAUUUCAGGUGAAAAUUUACCCGCACACAGUCAUUACAUAGAUUUAAGAUUAUAUUAUAAAAAAUAUUCUGACACAAACCAGAAGAAACCUGAAAUAGUUACACUAUAUCUUAAGUUCAAAAGAGACAAUCCUAUAAUAUCUCAUAUGUUUGAUUUAAUGAACCCAGUAGGUUCUAUUUAUACAUCUAUGGAUGCAAGAGGUCCUCAAGUAAUGUUUGGUGUUGGUGCAUGGGAACAAAUAGUUGACAGGUUUUUGUAUUGUGCAAACUCUUCAAAGGAAACAGGAGGAAGUAAAACGAUUUCAGGUGAAAAUUUACCCGCACACAGUAAUGUUUGGGAUUGGUCAGGAAUGACAAAAGGUCGAGGAUAUGAUGUUAAAGAUGAUGUUAAGUUUGCUAUAAAUUGUUACUGGGAUGACACUCAGGGAGAAGGAAACCAUACACAUUUCGUUUCAGGAUAUACACAAACAACGGGACAAAGUAAAGAAUACAUGCCACCAUUUAUGACUGUAUUCGCAUGGUAUAGAGUUCAAUGA